GCGGCGGCGUCGGGCCGGGGGCGGGGUCAAGGGUCAGGCCGGAUCCAAGAUGGCGGCGGCGCUGGGGCGGUGGCCGCUGGGGCUCGCCCUGUGCUGCCUCCUCGGGGCCUCGCUCGCCGUCGACCGCGGCAACUUCAAGACGUGCGAGCAGAGCGGCUUCUGCAGGCGGCAGCGGCGGAUCCAGCCCGGGAACUCCCCGUACCGGGCCCUGCUGGAGUCGCUGGAGCUCGGCCCCGACGUGGCCAGGAUGCGGCUGGUGAACGAGGCCACGCAGGUGCCGCUGCUGCUGGAGCUGUGGGGUCUCUCUGGGAACGUCACCCGCCUGCGCAUCCAGGAGCUGAACCCGCUGCGACCCCGGUACCAGGUGCCCGACGUGCUGCUGGGGGAGCCACCCGCCGAGAGGCUGGAGGUGACAGGCCGUGACGAGGGCACGCUGGAGCUGGCGCUGGGCCCCGGCGGUCACCGGCUGCUGGUGACAGAGCGCCCGUUCCGCCUGGACCUGCUGCGCCACCGGGAGCUGCUCUGCUCCGUCAACGCCCGCGGCCUCCUCGUCUUCGAGCACCAGCGGCGCCGCCGGGACUCUCUGGCGGAUAAAGUUAGUUCUGUGUGGGAUAAGAUCAAGAGCCUUUUCCGUAGGGACCCCCCCAAGGACCCCCCAGGUGAGGAGGGGGCGGCGCAGGAGGGACCCGAGGACGGCGCUGGCAGCACCCAGAGCGAGAAGCCCGCAGAGCCCCCGGCAGAGCCCGAGGAGGAGCCGGGGGCGUGGGAGGAGACGUUCAAAACGCACACGGACAGCAAACCCUACGGACCCACCUCGGUGGGGUUGGAUUUCUCCCUGCCUGGGUUUGAGCACGUGUACGGCAUCCCCGAGCACGCCGAGAGCCUGCGGCUGCGGCCCACCGAGGGCGGUGACCCGUACCGCCUGUACAACCUGGACGUGUUCCAGUACGAGGUGUUCACGCCCAUGGCCCUGUACGGCUCCGUGCCGCUGCUGCUCGCCCACCGGCCCCGCCUCAGCCUCGGCCUCUUCUGGCUCAACGCCGCCGAGACCUGGGUGGACAUCGGCUCCAACACGGCCGGGAAGACCCUUUUUGGGAAGCUGCUGGAUUACAUGCAGGGGGGGGGUGAGACCCCCCAGACCGAGGUGCGCUGGAUGUCCGAGAGCGGCGUCAUCGACGUCUUCCUGCUGCUGGGGCCGGGGCCCGCCGAUGUCACUGCCCAGUACGGGAGACUGACCGGCACGCAGGCGCUGCCCCCCCUGUUCUCCCUGGGCUACCACCAGAGCCGCUGGAAUUACCAGGACGAGGCGGACGUGGAGGCCGUGGAGAGGGGAUUCGAGGAGCACGAGCUGCCCCUGGACGUGAUCUGGCUGGACAUCGAGCACGCCGACGGCAAGCGCUACUUCACCUGGGACCCCGCAAAAUUCCCCAACCCUCGCGGGAUGCUGGAGCGCCUGGCGGCCCGGAAACGCAGGAUGGUCAGCAUCGUGGACCCUCACAUCAAGGUGGACGGGGGGUACCGGGUGCACUCGGAGCUGCGGGCGCGGGGCCUCUACGUCAAAACCAAGGAUGGCAACGACUACGAGGGCUGGUGCUGGCCCGGCUCCUCGGCAUACCCCGACUUCACGAACCCCGAGAUGCGCGAGUGGUGGGCGAACAUGUUUGCCUACGACCAAUACGAGGGCUCCACGGAGGCGCUGUUCACGUGGAAUGACAUGAACGAGCCGUCGGUGUUCAGCGGCCCCGAGGUGACGAUGCACAAGGACGCACGGCACUUCGGGGGCUGGGAGCACCGGGAGCUGCACAACAUCUACGGGCUCUACGUGCACAAGGCCACGGCCGAGGGGCAGAUCCGGCGCUCGGGGGGGCGGCUCCGGCCCUUCGUGCUCAGCCGCGCCUUCUUUGCCGGCUCCCAGCGCUACGGUGCGGUUUGGACCGGGGACAACACGGCCGAUUGGGAGCACCUGAGGAUCUCCAUCCCCAUGUGCCUGAGCUUUGGGCUGGCUGGGCUGGCCUUCUGCGGGGCGGACGUGGGCGGAUUUUUCCAGAACCCAGGCCCGGAGCUGCAGGUGCGCUGGUACCAGGCCGGGGCCUUCCAGCCCUUCUUCCGCGCCCACGCGCACCUGGACACAGCGCGGCGCUGGCUGCUGAGCCCCGAGCACCUGGCCAUGGUCAGGGCCGCGCUGCGGCGCCGCUACGCCCUGCUGCCCGUGUGGUACACGGCCUUCUACCGCUGCCACCGCCAGGGCAUCCCCGUCAUGAGACCCCUGUGGAUGGAAUUCCCAGAUGACCCCCAGACCUUCGCCAUGGAUGACCAGUACCUGAUCGACCGGGUGCUCCUGGUGCACCCCGUGACGGAGCCAGGCGCCCGCGGGGUCAACGUGUACCUGCCUGGGGAGGGAGAGGUCUGGUACAAUGAUGAGACCCACGAGCAGCACCGGGCGCCCCAGACCCUCUAUGUGCCCGUCACCCUCAGCACUAUCCCGGUGUUCCAGCGGGGGGGGACGGUGAUCCCACGCCAAGACCGACCUCGCCGCUCCACCGAGGCCAUGAGGAACGACCCCUUCACCCUCUACGUGGCCCUGAGCCCCCAGGGCACGGCACAGGGGGAUCUGUACCUGGAUGAUGGGGUCAGCUUCGACUACGCCACCAAAAACGCAUUCCUGCACCGGCACUUCAGCUUCGCCAACGGCACCCUCACCUCCAGUUUGGGAUCCCUGACCCCGAAUUUGGGAUCCCUGACCCCGAAUUCCGUGUCCCCCUGCCCAGACGGUUCCCAGACCCCGCUGCAGUUCCAGCACGACCCCGAGCGCUCGGUGCUGACCCUGCGGCGCCCGGGGGUCCCCAUCGGGGCCGACUGGAGCAUCUCCCUGCGAUAAUGGACGGGGGGGGCCCCCGGACCCCCCCCCAAAAAUCCCCCCUGAACACCCCGGGCCCCCCCAGAGCCCCCAAAAAACUCAAAUCCCUUCCCCCCAGCAAACCCCCCCCUGCUGCUGUUUGAGGAGCCCAGAAUUGGGGGAGGGGGUUGGGGUUUGAGUGCCCCAGGAUGAGGGGGGAGCCCCCCGCAAAAUGAGGAUCGAGCCCCCCCAAGUUAGGGGUUGAGACCCCCGAAAUGAGGGGUCAGACCCACCCCAAAUCGGGGUUUGAGUCCCCCCAUUUUAC